AUGAAUAUCUCCGCCGCUCCCCACUGGCCGUUACACGAGGCCCCGCCCCUCACUGGGCGUGGCUACAAGACUGAUCGGCGUUUAUUGAAAGGCUCCACGCAGCGGCGCCCCCGGAGGUGGGGUCCGAGAGGGGAGGGGCUGGGAGCGCUCCGGGGAAUUCCAUCAGUGUUGGGGGGGCCUGGGGGAUUCCGAGGGGGGUUCCUGGUGAGUGGAGGGGUCUCAUGGAUUGAGGAGGUCCUGCCGUAUUUUCCAUUCCUAAGGAAUGGCCAGAUAGGGGAGGAGGAAAAGCCCCAGAGGUCCCGCACAAGGAGGGGCUGCAAACCCAGCGCAGGGAGCUGCGAGGAGCAAAGACCCGCCCUGUGCCAGGAGGGCAGCCAGAGAUCCAGCCAGAGCUCAGAGCUGGUGGAGAAGCCUCAUGGAGGGGAGAAGCCCCACAAGUGCUUGGAAUGUGGGAAGGGUUUCAGCCAGAGCUCCCACCUGAUCCGGCACCAGGUGAUCCACACUGGGGAACAGCCCUAUGAGUGUGGGGAAUGUGGGAAGAGCUUCAGCCACAGCUCCAGUCUGAUCCAGCACAAGAGGAUUCACACUGGGGAACAGCCCUUUGUCUGUGAAGAAUGUGGGAUGAGCUUCAGCUACAGCUCCAGCCUGAGGAAACACCAGGUGAUCCACACUGGGGAAAAGCUCUACAAGUGUGGGGAAUGUGGGAACAGCUUUGGAUCAAGCUUGGCCCUGAUCCAGCACCAGGUGAUCCACACUGGGGAACAGCCCUACACCUGCUUGGAACAUGGGUAGAGCUUUGGAUGGACUUCCAGCCUGAGAAAGCACCAGUGCAUCCACACUGGGGAGAGGCCCUGUGAGUGUCCUGAGUGUGGGAAGAGGUUUCAGACCAGCUCCAGUCUCCUCAAACAUCAGCGGAUUCACAGAGAGGAGAGGCCCUUCUCCUGCCCUGACUGCAGGAGGGGCUUCAAGGACAACUCUGCCCUCACUGUCCACUGGCAUAUCCACACUGGGGAGAUGUAGUCCAGGGCACAUUUAAAAUCCCUCGAGCUGCCCUGGGGGGUCCGAGACCCUGGCUGGGACUCCAGGAAAGCACUGCCUUUGACCUUAGUACAUGGGAAAAACUUCCAUCACUUAAAGAUGAAUUAAAAGCAAUGAAGAUUUGAAAUAAAUAGUGGUUUAGUUUGUCACAGGGUGAAAAUUUGUAGUUUUGGGUUUUUAGUAUGGGGAUAGAUGAGGGCAAGAUGGAGGAUUUUGGGUGGUGCCUCAUCAUCUUCUUCUACUCCAUUUUUUGCUGUGAGGGUGGCCCAGAGACAUUGGUAGAAUGAGUUUGAUGCAGAAGUUGCAUGUUUAGAAAAGGUAGUGUAAAUAUAAAUAAUAUAAAUAUAAUAUAAAUAAAAACUGUAAAUAUAGUAUGUUUUAAGAGUUAAUUGGACUAGAAACCAUUCAAAGACCUUGGAAUUCUCUGUCUGGCAUUCUUGCCGGCUGUGUUUUCUAGCAUGUUAAGCCAGGUGCUGGUGGCCUGCGAACCUUGAGAUAAGAAACUCAAUAAACAUCUCUAAAGACCAAAGCUGCAAGUUCCGUUAAUCUUUUAGACCUGGUACAGGACUUUGUGAGAGAAAAAAACCCCCACCCUAAUCAGGGGGUCCUGAAAAGGAAAUUCGCACAGGGAGAGGCCCUACGAGUGUCCUCAGUGUGGGAAGAGCUUCUCACAGAGCUCUCACUUGACGAAACACCAGU